AAAAAGGAAAACCAUAAAAGCACAACUAGACUUGCAGCGUAAAUCCGUUCUGUCACUCCCUCUAUGCACCACCACAGCCUGGUAUAAAAGUAUCCACUUUGGCAUUUUUUGUCUUUGUAUGAGCAUGUUUGUGGGAAUCUACUUGUUAACCACCUACAUAAUUUUUUAUGUGGUACGCCAUUUGUACCAGGACUACUUGGCACAAAGAUGGGGAUGCGAGCCUAUAUCUAGACUCAACACCAACUUCUGCUACAACUUCUUUGGGUUUGGAGAUGUGAAGAGAAUCCUUAUGAGCCUCAAAGGAGGCUAUUCGCUUUACGAAGAGUCCAACCAAUUGAAUAAACUCGGCCUCAGCACCUACGAAACAAUGGUUUUGGGUCAGUACGCCAUCGUGACAGCCAACCCAGAGAAUGCAAAGGCCAUGAUGGCCUCACAGGUGGAUGAAUUCAGUAUUGGUGUGCGAUCCGCUCUUUUCAAAGACGUCCUUGGACAAGGAAUAUUCACGGUCGAGGGCAAGCAGUGGAAGCAUUCGCGUGAAACGAUCCGGCCACUGUUUGGCAAGAGCGAAAUUAGUCACGUGGCCCAGUUGGAACCGCACUUCAAGAAGUUCACAGAUGCCCUUGACCGGUGUAUGGGCCAGACCGUCGAUGUACAACCACUUUUGUCCCGACUUGCGUGGGAUGCUAGCAGUGAGCUACUUUUUGGAGGGUCUAUCGGAAGUUUGGAUAUGGUGGAUGGGACCCUCAAAAAUGACGGAUUUGAUGAAUGUUUUAUCACGCUUCAGAAGUACAACAGGUUUCGUUUUCUUCUUGGGAAAUACUGCUGGCUAGUCAACCCUCCGGCCCGAAAACAGGCCGUCAGUGAAAUCAAAAAAUUCACACAGUUUUACGUCCAGAAGGCGUUGAGUCUUUCGAAACAAGACCUUGAAAACAAGCUGACUGGUGAAAGCACCUUUUUGUACGACCUUGCGAAGACGUCAAGAGAACCCAAAUUUCUCCAAGAUGAGAUCUUGAGUAUAAUGUUGGCAGGCCGUGGAACCACGUCGUCAUUGAUGACGUUUGCCAUAUUUGAGCUCUCCCGGAACCCCGAAAUCUGGAGAAAAUUGUCUCUGAUUGUACACGAACAGUUUGGUGACGGCUCUAACUUGGAUCUCAUCACGUUUGAGUCAAUCAAAAAGUGCCAGUACCUCAAGUUUUGUCUUAAUGAGACUCUCAGACUUCAUCCUCCAGUUAGUACGACGGUUCGACAGGCGAAAAAGAACACGGUUUUACCUCAUGGGGGUGGUGCUGACGGUUUGCAACCAAUAUUUGUGCCGAAGGCCACAAACGUGGUGUUGCGGAUAUUUGCUCUCCACCGGAUGGAAAAGUUCUACGGUCCAAACGCCACAGACUUCAUACCAGAAAGGUGGGAAAAUAUACGUCCGGGGUGGGCGUUUGUCCCGUUUCUUGGUGGUCCUCGUGUGUGCCUCGGCCAGCAGUUGGCCCUCACAGAAGCGGGUUACAUAAUUAUUCGGUUAGCACAAACGUACAGAGAAUUUGUCAACAUGGAUCCACAGAGUCCACCUCCAUUGCUGGUAGGGGCCGUAUCCAAACUCAAGCGUGGGGUGCUUGUCCAGGCAAAAAAAUAAAUACGUCUCUAUAGCUAAAUGGAAUAUCCAAAA